AGCGGCGGUCACGCAAACACUGUGCAAAUGUGCAUUGUCAUUCGUGUUCAUGUACGAAUAACCUGUCAAAUUAGUAAAUUAAAAUUUACGUACCAAGCAGCGAUGCUGUCUGCUGUCAUAUAUAUAAACAAUGAAAUCAUAUUGGUUUCAUUUUCGCUCGGUGUUACAACUUGCUGGUAAGAAUAAUAUAAGCGAAAAUGAGGCCAAUUAAUUUGCCAAUGAGGCCAUCGUUUAUAUAUGACAGCAUCGCCAUUCCUAAUAUUUGUUUCCAGAGGUUUGUUAUGAAAUGUUUUUCGCACUUUUCAUAGACUAUGUGAUGCUCACGCUGCACCUGUGCCAACACUCCUGGAUGUCUGUCAUAUAUACCUGCAUGGCUAUCGUGCAGAUGAUUUACAUCGCUAUAAAAGGCCGGAUUCUGCCGAAUAAAGCCGUAGAACUGAUUCGACUGACACCGAGUGCCAAGAUGAAGCUCGUUAUUUUCUUUCUCUGUCUCGGAGUGGCUUUGGCCCAUGAGAAGGGUGCCUUCGAGCACAUUGCCGAAGUCAACAUGGAUGCCGGCAUUGCCGAUGAGCUCUUUGAGGGUGAUAUCAAGCUGACCUCCGAACAAAGAGGCGGCGUCAAUAACCUGUACUACAGGUGGCCCAAUGCACGAGUGCCUUACGUCAUCGACGGCUCUCUGGGUAUGUUCCUGAUUAGGGUAUACUAUAUACUGAACGUCGGAAUCAACUCAUGUUAUCAAGAGUGA